CAGCAUCGCACUUCAACCCUCUCACACAAACAAUAUGGCGAGCAUGCUGCCAUUACUGCUCGCCCUAUUCUCCCUGCUGUCGGCUGCGCUGGCUCUCCAGUCAGAUUUGGCCGGAGUAGCGGACUGGCACAAGGCCCUCAUCGGCGUCCCUCACCUCACUCCUUCCCCGCCCACCUUCGUUCCUCUCGACGGCGCACAUGCGACGAUUAUGAUCACCGAGGAGGACAUGCUGGCGGUGCUGAACGGAAAUGGGAGUCUGCGCUGGCGCCAGGAGGUGCCCGAUGUGUUGUCGUACAAGGUACACAACGAUGCUGUGGUCGUCCUCAGCGGGACGCUUGGAACGAACACGCGCCUGUAUGACCUCGAGAGCGGGCGGCUGCGCUGGGAGGUGACUACGGGCGAUGCCUCGGCCAAGCUCGACUGGCGGCUGCCGGAAGGCACGCGCGGCAUGGGCUCGGACAUUGCCUUCCAUGACGAGCACGUGUUCAUUCUCUCGGAGGCGCGCCGCAUCACCAAGAUCAAGCUGAGCGACGGCACGAGUCCGUGGGGCUGGGAGUUUCCCGGCGACGGCUCGACGAACCUGUUCAAGCAGAUCGUGGUGAACGGCGACGAGCUCAAUGUUCUCGGCGUGCUCUCCUCGCUCUCGGUCCCGACCUUGACGCACCUCACCUUCAACGCCGAGAGGAUCAUGCCCAUCUCCGAGAUGUCGCACGUCCCCGCCGGCCUCGGCGACCCGACCAACGGAUACCUCCUCGCCCCGCGCGGCGAGUACAGACAGCCAGGUCUGCGCGGCUGCUGGGCCGAGGAGAGCAGGUACCGCUGCACCGACCUGUACAGCGACGGCACUGUGAACGAGCGCAUCAAGGACCACAUUGCCGGUACGGGGCGGCGGUACGAGCGCAUGAUCGACGUCGGGCUGCGCGAGCAUGGCUUCAUGCUCGGCCUUCUCAAGAGUGGCGCUGUGCUCGUCGUCGAGGUAGGUGAUGGCGGCCACGUCGUCGCCGAGUUCGACCGCUCGCGCCAGCACCGCAACGGCAUGCCUGUGCACUCGGGAGCGUACCAUGACGGCGUGUUCACUUUCACCCGCGUCUACUAUAACCACGACGACAAGGCGUGGAAGAUGCAGAUGAUCAGUGUGCGUGACGGCAACGUUGAGCAAACCGAGGAGGCUGUGCCGUUGGACGCGAGGCACGGGAUCCCGCGCUCGUGCGCUUCCGCGCCCGACGGCAGCUUGUUCCUCGCCACAAGCACGCGCGCGCUCCAGCUCUCGCGCGCCGGCGAGGUGCUCUUCACGCGCGAAGAGGCGCUCGCGGACAUUGCCGGCGUGCACUUUGUGGAGCUUGGCGAGCCGGAGACGGAGGAAGCUCUCGGGCUUAUGGCGCACGAGAGCUUCGUCGCCCGCCUCACCCGCCACAUCGGCAUGCUCGGCCGCCUCCCCGCGUACGUCCAGCACUUUGUGCAGCGCCUCAGCUCGACGGCGGACAUUGCGGGCCAGACGCCCCCGCUGUCCAAGGACCGCUUGCACCGCGACCAGUUCGGGCUGCAGAAGCUCAUUGUGGCGGUCACUAACGGCGGCAAAGUGUAUGGUUUGGACAGCGCGAACGGCGGCGUCUUGUGGUCGCGCAACCUCGGAUUCUUCGACCAGAAGGGGCCCGAGCUCGCCGUGUACGGCACCUGGGCGACGCGCGCACUCGGCGACCGUGGCAACCCCCAGAUUGCGGUGCUUGCCGUGCGCACUCGUGGCGGCAAGCAGGUGACGAUGGGAUACACUGUCGACGCGUUCACCGGUGAUGUGGCUGGUGAGAAGGAGGGCGGACACGAUGUGCCCGUCGGCAAGGGACUGUUUGCUGGCGCGCCUCGUGCUGCCUUCCUCACCAAGUACAUCCACUGCUGCACAGGCAACACGAUUGUCGGCGUCGUCGACGACAAGGACACGCUCCACCUCUUCCCGAAGUGCAAGAAGGUGCAGCGCGAGAUCGAGGUUGCGCCAUUCUUCUACACCGUCCUCGACCGCGAGCUGGAGGGUACGUCUCUGCGCGGUUACACCCCCGGCGAGGCCGAGGAGGGCAUCACGUUCCCGGGUGUGCAGCUGUGGUCGCGCCCCUUCCCUGUGCAGGAGGUGCUUGACGUUUCGCCUCUUCACCCGUCGCCGGUGGCGAGCUUCGGGCGUGCACUCGGCGACAAGGCCGUGCUGUACAAGUACUUGAACCCGCACCUGCUCGUCGUGACUUCCGUCUCGCCGUUCAGCGCCACGGGCCACGUCUACGUUGUGGACAGCACGACGGGUGCGAGCGUGCACGAGGUGGACAUCCCGCAUGUCGUCGGCAAGCACGUGCGCGCGGCCAUGGUGGAGAACUGGCUCGUGUACGCGUGGCUAGAGAGCCCCACGUCCGCCGGCGCGGGCGGAUGGCGCAUCGCGUCCGUCGAGCUGUACGAGCGCGGCGCACAGAGUGCGGGCCGCUCGUCCCUCGCGCCCCCGCCUACCAUCGAAGCCGUGACCCAGUCUUUCGUGCUCGGCACCGACGUCGCCGCCCUCACCUUCACGACGUCCAAGUACGGCGUCGCAACCAAAGACGUGCUGUACAUCACCGACGCAGGACAGGUCGCGCACCUCCCCCGCCGCCUCCUCGACCCGCGCCGGCCGACCUCGAAGCCCACUAAGGCUGAGCAGGAGGAGAUGCUCGUGCCGUACGACCCCGUGCUCCCCCUCUCGGCGCAGCACAUCAUCUCACACAUCUACCCCGCCAAGGGGCUGCGCGCUAUCGCCGCCUCCCCCGCCCUGCUCGAGAGCACCACGCUCGUGCUCGCGUACGGCCUCGACCUGUUCGGCUCGCGCGCCCUCCAGCCCUCAGGCAACUUUGACAUCCUCGGCACAGGGUUCGCAAAGACAUCCCUCCUCCUCACGCUGGCCGCGCUCGGCGCGGGCGUGGCUGUCGCGGCGCCCGCUGUGCGCCGCAAGCAGCUUUCGGCCAAGUGGUUUUAGGUAGUGCGCGGCAUGCAUGCAGAUGGCAUUUGUU